AGCGCGCGGCGAAGCCUCCCGCGGUCUCGCGCUGCCUGGCGGGGCUCUUGUCAGUUAGCAACAAAAUGGCCGCGGCGGCAGCAGCUCUGCUCCUGAGGACGGCGGCGGUGGCGGCGGCGUCCGUGGCGGUGGCGGCAGCAGCGGCGGCGGCAGCGGCGGCCCGGAGGAGCGGGGGACCGGCCCGGCAGCACUGAGCUUGGCACCGCCUGCCUGCGAGCGGACGCGGCGAGAGCGAGCGGGAGAGACGGAGAGAAGCGCUGCGGCCCCCCCCCCCAGCCCCAGCCUCCGCCAGCGAGCCCGACUGACUGACCGACUCUGCCCGAGGCGCUGCCGCAGCCCCCUGGGGAGACGCUGCCGCCUCGGCCCCCGGCCUUCCCCGCCUCCCCAACCCCGGGGGCACGGGCGCCCGGGUUCCUGCCCCUCCCGGCGAGGGGCUCCGCUGCCGCAGACUCCCGCCGCCCAUCCCGCCCCCGCCCGCCCGGAGACCCUGCCGGAUCCUUCCGGAGGCGACGGGGAGAGCCCGCGGGAUCUCUCUCUCCUGCCCCCGGAUCCCUUGUGUCGUUCGGCAGACAGACUGUUGGGUUUCCCCACUCCCCUCGUCGCGUUCCCCCCCCUUCCGUGAAAGACUUUACUGGAUCCUCCUCCUCCUCGGAUCCCCUCCCCGCGCUCGCUCCUUCCUGCGCGAGCGGCCGCUGGAUCCUCCUCCCGUCGGAGACACUGCCGGAUCGCUGCGCCGGGGCCCUGCCGGAGAGACGCGGAUCCUCCUCCCCUGAGAGACUGCUGCGGAUCCUCCGCCCUCCUCGGAGCUCCCUGGAGCCAGAGCCUCGGCGGGAUCCUCCUGCCCGGAGCCCAUGUGAGACUCCGCAUCCCCCCCCGGCUCCGUGGUGGUGUUUUGGGUUAUUUUUUUCCUUUUUUAAAUUUUUUAUUUACCUUUUGAAGGGGAGAUCCAGCUUAAAACUAUUUUCUGGAUCCCAAUUUAUUUUCUUUUUUCAUUUGCACUUUUAAAAACCCCUCAGAUGCUCCUCCAUGUGGACUGAGAACCCAUCAAGUCACACACACGAGAACUCAAACCGAUCAACUCCAAAUCCUGGCUUGCGUGGGUUUUGCUGCAACACGUAAAAGCAAACUUGUAUUUAAGACACAUUCGUGCAAAAAUUUAGCUGGGGACUUAAGGUGUCUUUGUUUUGUCUUGUUUUCUUGGUCUUGGUUUUAUUUGGUUCUUGUUUGGGGGUUUUGUUUGUUUUUGCUUCACUGGAAAUCAAAAGCUUGUUUUGGAAUUGGACCUGCUUCUGCUGCGCUUCUCUGGGCCGGAUAACACUGAAGCUCUUUGCUUUUCUACUUGGAUGGUGUUUUCCUGUUGAUCUGUUGGGUUUUUUUUUUCCUUCUCCCGUGUGACAGACGACUUUUUAGUUUUCCUCCAGGGGGUUAAAACAAACUACAACAAAAAACUUAAAACUUUUUUUGGCCGUGUGAGAUUUUUUUUCUUUUCGAAUUCCGAUUCGUGAAAUUACGGGUACACUUACAAACAAAAAGAAGCAGUAAAAUCAGAAAGGAACACGUCAGAAAGACCCCUACGGUAGACAAAUACUUGUUUCCUUACAGCAAGACUGACUCGAAAGCUGCCAAAGAGCCCCAUAAAGAAAAGACUAAAAGGGAGAAAGAACAAGAAACACAAGAAGAGGAACAUUUGAUGGAAGAAAAGAAAAAGAAAAAGCAGGAAGAAAAGAAAAAGAAGGAAGGUGCUCAGAAAAAGGCUGCUGAACAAAAAACCAAAGUGCCAGAACCUAUUAAGACCAGUUUAAGCCAGCCCCAACCUGCCGGUACCGGUACCAGUACUUCCACCAGCACUAUUACCAACAGCAGCAAUGGCAAGCGUGCGUCUGCUAAUGGGCAGCAGCCCGCUGCGUCCCGAUACCUGCCUCGAGAGGUGCCUCCACGCUUCCGCCAGCAAGAACAGAAGCAGCUCCUAAAGCGGGGUCAGCCACUGCCUACGGGGACUCUGACCAGCACCAGCCCAGCACAAGGGUCUGGGCAAGCAGGGGCCAGUCCUCCUCCGCAGCAGGGAGCGGGUGGACAGCAUCAUCCCAGUAAGACCCAAACAGCUCUGCAGGAUGAGGCUCACACUGUACACAGCCGACAUAUUGAAGCCGAGAGCCCUGGAGAACGUAGAUGCAGGAGUAGAAACAGCUCUGCACACAAUGUAGCGUCUCCUAGGAUGGUUGGGCGGCUCCUUUCUUCAGAUCUCAGCCACAGUGGAUUGGGAGACCAUUAUGAGAAUACCCACUGGGGACAGCAGCCCACUUUCAGGAGUGAAGGCAACUGCAGCUGGGAUAAAGUGAUAAUAGACAGGACUGACAAGGAAGCGUGGCCUUCCAUUACUGGAGCUGAGACUGAGUCUGCCUCAGAAUGUACUACAGACACUGACUCUGCCUCCAACUGUGGCUCAGAGAACAGUAGCAUGGCUACAGGGAGUGCCCAAGGCAACUUCACUGGACAUACAAAGAAAACUAAUGGCAAUAAUGGCGCCAACGGAGCACUCGUCCAAAGCACUUCUAACCAGAGUGCCCUUGGAGCUGGUGGAGCAAACGGUAACGGCAACUCGGCCAGAGUGUGGGGGGUGGCUACAGGCUCCAGCUCUGGCCUAGCUCACUGCUCUGCCAGUGGUGGGGAUGGAAAGAUGGACAACAUGAUGGGAGACGGUAGAAGUCAGAACUGCUGGGGUGCUUCCAACUCGAAUGCUGGCAUUAAUCUUAACCUUAACCCUAAUGCCAAUCCAGCUGCCUGGCCUGUACUUGGACAUGAAGGAACUGUGGGAGCAGGCAACCCUUCCAGUAUUUGCAGUCCAGUCAGUGCCAUAGGUCAGAACAUGGGCAACCAGAACGGGAACCCAACAGGCACCUUAGGUGCCUGGGGAAACUUGCUGCCGCAAGAGAGCACAGAACCACAAACGUCCACUUCUCAGAAUGUGUCUUUCAGCGUACAACCUCAGAACCUUAACACUGAUGGACCAAAUAACACUAACCCCAUGAACUCUUCACCAAACCCUAUCAAUGCAAUGCAGACAAAUGGACUGCCGAACUGGGGGAUGGCUGUUGGUAUGGGGGCCAUCAUCCCGCCCCACCUGCAAGGCCUUCCUGGUGCUAAUGGAACAUCAGUUUCUCAAGUCAGUGGGGGCAGUGGUGAAGGAAUGGGCAGUUCAGUGUGGGGGAUGUCCCCAGGUAAUCCUGCCACAGGAAACAGCAAUUCUGGGUUCAGUCAGGGGAAUGGAGACACUGUGAACUCAGCAUUAAGUGCUAAACAAAAUGGAUCCAGCAGUGCUGCGCAAAAGGAAGGAAACGGAGCGAGCGCAUGGGAUUCGGGGCCCCCUUCUGGUCCUGGGGUACUGGCGUGGGGCAGGGGCGGUGGCAACAGCGGCGUUGGCAGUAUGCAUUCUGGAGCUUGGGGCCACCCAAACCGUAACACCAGCAACGGUGUGAACGGGGAGUGGGGCAAGCCCCCAAACCAGCAUUCCAAUAGCGACAUCAAUGGGAAAGGAUCAACAGGGUGGGAUAGCUCUAGUGUUACCAGUCCGAAUCCUGCCAUGCAGCAGGGCAAUGAACAAAUAAACUCUUGGGCCAAAGCUGCAGCAUCUGGCACCACAGCUAGUGAAGGAAGUAACGACAGCGGUGGGAGUCAAAAUGAAGGCAGUACUGGGAGGGAGGGGGCUGGAGAGGGCAGGAGGAGAGACAAAGGGAUGAUAGACCAAGGGCAAGUUCAGUUGCCAAGAAAUGACCUUGACCCCAGGGUCCUGUCCAAUACGGGGUGGGGACAGACCCCUGUAAAGCAAAACACUGCCUGGGAAUUUGAAGAGUCCCCAAGGUCCGAACGAAAGAAUGACAAUGGAACGGAGGCCUGGGGUUGUGCAGCUACUCAAUCUUCAAACUCAGGGGGGAAAAACGAUGGGUCCAUCAUGAACAGUACAAAUACCUCUUCAGUAUCUGGGUGGGUCAACUCUCCCUCGGCAGCUGUUCCAACAAAUACAGGUUGGGGAGACAAUAACAACAAAGCACCAAAUGGCCCAGGGGGGUGGGGAGAGUCAGCAAGCUCUACUACUGUUAAUAAUGCUGCUGCUGCCAAAAGCGGCCACGCUUGGAGUGGGACCGCGAAUCAGGAGGACAAAUCACCUACCUGGGGUGAACCUCAGAAACCCAAAUCUCAAAACUGGGGAGACGGACAGAAAUCAAAUCCAAGCUGGACUUCAGGAGGUGGAGAUUGGACAGAUUCAUCAUCUGUUCCCGGACACUUGGGUGAUGGGAAGAAGAAUGGAUCUGGAUGGGAUUCUGACAAUAGAUCAGGGUCUGGUUGGAAUGAUUCCACAAGGUCUGGGACCAGCGGGUGGGGGAAUGGCACAAACAGCAAGGCUAAUACAGGUACAAGUUGGGGGGAAUCUUUAAAGCCAGGCCCCCAACAAAAUUGGGCUAAUAAACCCCAGGACAACAAUGUGAGUAACUGGGGAGGAGCUGCUUCUGUAAAACAGACGGGGUCAGGGUGGGUUGGGGGGCCAGUGCCAGCCAAACAAAAAGAGAACUGUGAGGCAACUGGCUGGGAAGAGCCAUCUCCACCGUCCAUUCGCCGCAAGAUGGAAAUCGAUGAUGGUACCUCAGCUUGGGGCGACCCAAAUUACAACAACAACAAGACUGUAAACAUGUGGGAUAGAAAUAAUCCUAUAAUUCAGAGCAGUACCACAACCAAUACCACCACCACUAGCACCAUUAUCAACACAAAUAUGGUUGAACCUCAGCCAUCACACCAGUCAAGUGCCCAGCCGAACCGGUCCCCGCUGCUUGGUCCAGCAGGCUGGGGAGAAAUGCCUACUGUCCACACAAAGACUGAAGCUUCUUGGGGAGAGCCGUCGUCCCCUUCUGCUGCAGUUGAUAAUGGCACUUCAGCAUGGGGGAAACCCCCCAGCAGUGGUACAGGGUGGGGAGAGAAUCCUGCAGAGUCGGCAGGGACAUAUGGAAGAACAAAUGCUCCAGCUGCUGCCCCAGCACUGUGCAAACCAGCUUCAAAAUCUAUGCAAGAAGGCUGGGGCAGUGGUGGGGAUGAAGUGAAUCUCAGUACUAGUCAGUGGGAAGAUGAAGAAGGAGAUAUGUGGAAUAAUACUGCUUCACAGGAAAGCAGCUCCUCCUGUAAUUCUUGGGGGAACGCCCCGAAGAAAGGACUUCAAAAGCCCAAAACAAAUCCACGCUUGUCCCUUGGUACUUUCUGGAGAACUGAAAGGAAGAGACUUCUUAAGGAUUUUGUGAUAGAAAAGCUGCACAGAGAUCUUUUAAAGGGCAUGAAGACAUCUAGCAAGCAAGAUGAGGCCUGGAUCAUGAACCGUCUGAUAAAACAGCUCACAGACAUGGGCUUCCCUAGAGAGCCAGCAGAAGAGGCCUUGAAGAGCAACAAUAUGAAUCUCGAUCAGGCCAUGAGUGCUCUGCUGGAAAAGAAGGUGGAAAUGGACAAGCGUGGAAUGGGAGUGACCGACUAUAAUGGAAUGGUCACCAAACCCCUUGGCUGCCGCCCACCACCAAUCUCCAAAGAGUCUUCCAUGGACCGCCCCACCUUCCUUGACAAGGAUGGCGGCCUAGUGGAAGAGCCCACUACUUCACCAUUUUUGCCUUCACCAAGCCUGAAGCUCCCCCUUUCAAACAGUGCACUCCCUAAUCAGACCCUGGGCGGGAUUGCCUCAGGGCUGGGCAUGCAAAACUUGAAUUCUUCUAGACAGAUACCGAGUGGCAAUCUGGGUAUGUUUGGCAAUAGUGGAGCAGCACAAGCCAGGACCAUGCAACAGCCGCAGCAACCGCCAGUGCAACCUCUUAAUUCAUCCCAGCCUAGUCUUCGUGCUCAAGUGCCUCAGUUUCUAUCCCCUCAGGUUCAAGCACAGCUUUUGCAGUUUGCAGCAAAAAACAUUGGUCUCAGCCCUGCACAGUUAACCUCGCCAAUUAAUAAUCCUCAGCAUAUGACGAUGUUGAACCAGCUCUAUCAGCUGCAGCUGGCGUACCAACGUUUACAAAUCCAGCAGCAGAUGUUACAGGCUCAGCGUAACGUUUCCGGACCCAUGAGACAACAGGAGCAGCAAGUUGCACGUACAAUCAAUAACAUGCAGCAGCAGAUCCAGCAGCACCAGCGCCAGCUGGCCCAGGCCCUGCUUAUGAAGCAGCAGCCUCCCCCUCCACAUCUAUCUUUGCACCCCUCUGCAGGCAAAUCAGCCAUGGAUAGCUUUUCACCCCAUCCCCAGGCUCCCGGCCUACCUGACCUGCAGACCAAAGAGCAACAGUCUUCACCGAACACCUUUGCUCCUUACCCUCUUGCUGGACUGAACCCGAACAUGAAUGUAAAUAACAUGGACAUUACUGGUGGUUUGUCAGUGAAGGACACUUCUCAGUCCCAGUCUCGCCUUCCUCAGUGGACACACCCCAACUCAAUGGAUAACCUGUCUAGUGCUGCUUCUUCGCUUGACCAGAACUCCAGCAAGCACGGUGCUAUACCUGGAGGUUUAAGUAUUGGUCCUCCAGGAAAGUCCUCCAUUGAUGACUCUUAUGGCCGGUAUGAUCUGAUUCAGAACAGUGAAUCUCCUGCCAGUCCGCCCGUAGCUGUUCCUCACAGCUGGUCACGUGCCAAAUCCGAUAGUGAUAAAAUUUCCAAUGGCUCCAGCAUAAACUGGCCACCAGAGUUUCAUCCAGGAGUGCCAUGGAAAGGACUGCAGAAUAUUGAUCCUGAAAAUGACCCCGAUGUUACUCCUGGAAGUGUUCCAACUGGGCCUACCAUAAACACCACGAUACAGGAUGUUAAUCGCUAUCUUCUCAAGAGUGGAGGGUCAUCCCCAACAUCAUCUCAGAAUGCCACGCUGCCUUCAUCGAGUGCCUGGCCGCUUAGUGCCUCCGGCUACAGUAGCUCUUUCAGCAGCAUUGCAUCCGCACCUAGCAUUGCAGGUAAAUUGUCAGACAUCAAGUCUACGUGGUCUUCUGGCCCAAUCUCUCACACACAAGCCUCUCUAUCCCAUGAACUAUGGAAGGUACCCAGAAACACUACUGCUCCUACAAGACCACCUCCAGGCUUAACAAACACCAAGCCAUCAUCUACAUGGGGUGCCAGUCCCCUGGGUUGGACCAGCUCUUAUUCCUCUGGUUCUGCAUGGAGUACUGACAGCUCAGGGAGAACAAGCAGCUGGCUGGUUCUUCGCAACCUCACACCCCAGAUUGAUGGUUCCACCCUGCGGACACUGUGUUUGCAACAUGGCCCUCUAAUAACAUUCCACUUGAACCUGACGCAAGGGAAUGCUGUGGUCCGAUACAGUUCCAAGGAAGAAGCAGCCAAGGCCCAAAAGUCUCUGCAUAUGUGUGUCCUGGGAAACACUACCAUCCUGGCCGAGUUUGCUGGCGAAGAAGAAGUGAACCGUUUCCUGGCGCAGGGCCAGGCGCUGCCGCCCACGUCCAGCUGGCAAUCCAACAGCGGCAGCACGCAGCCGCGCCUGGGCUCCGCGGGCAGCUCCCACGGGCUGGUGCGCAGCGACGCCGGCCACUGGAACACUCCCUGCCUGGGGGGCAAGGGCAGCAGCGACCUGCUCUGGGGGGGUGUUCCUCAGUACUCCAGCAGCCUUUGGGGACCCCCCAGCACCGACGACGGCAGAGUCAUCGGAAGCCCGACACCUUUGAAUACUCUUCUUCCGGGGGAUCUUCUCAGUGGGGAGUCCAUCUAGGAAACAAGAGAAACGAAAUGGAAAUAACAAUCAUCAGCACUAAAGGAAAAACAAAUAAAGAUGGUAACCCUUUCCAGUCCCGGGCUUGAUGAAGAAUCCAGCUUUAACAGCUCAGACUGGCAGCCCUUUUUUUUUUUAGUACCUCUGUCCAAUAUCGAAUAUGAAACUGCAAAAGUCCUUGUGAACUGUUUGUGAAACAGUAUGGGCUCCUUUUGGUCAGUGUCACAUGCUAAUGACAGGUUUUCUUGGGUUGUUUUGGGGGUUUUUUGGUCAUGGCUUUUUGUUUUAUGUUGUCUUUUUAUGUUUGUAUGGUGAUUUUAUUGUUGUUUUUCAAAACAAAGUAUAAAAGCUGCUUAGAAUAGGUCUAUCAUGAAGGGCACUUUUCAGAAUUUGGGCUGGAAAGGGUUAUUUUAUCAACU